AUGGCUUCUGAUUCUGUUGGUACAGAUAUAAGUGGCUCCGGUUCGAUAGAGAGAGAGUCUGACGAAUCAUGGGAGCUCUUGAAGAGAGAGUUUAAUACAUUAUUCAGUAAUUUGAGAAUAGACAAUAAAGUAGAACAUAAUCUUACCGACAACGAAAGAGAAAUCAGUCGAGAGCCAAUUGUUUUACAAGAUCGUGACGACUCAGAUUUACCGGAUCGAAGAAGUGAUGCUAUUAUCACUGAGGCUGCUCAUGACAGAUGCUUCAAUCAAGUUUCUGAUUCUCUGAAAAUGAAGAAUAGCAAUUUCCAAAAAAUCCAGCUUUCAAAACUUAUUUUCAAUUCCCUUGAAGGCAAAGAAGUUUGUUCGAAAAUCUUCCAACACACACUAGGCUUACUAAGUUUACUGCUAUGGAGAACAAAGAUACGAGUACCGUAUUUUUCCUCAAAAGUACGAUAUAUCAUUCUGCAAUUGAGUUUAUUCCGAUACUGUUUAAGAUUUGGAAACUUUGCGAUUGAUGUUUAUCGAAUUAUCAAAAAAUUUCAUCAAUUAAGGGAAAUGAAGAAAUCUCACUGCCAGGAGGGACCAUUUUUAUUCUUUUUAAGAAAGCUUCGGUUUCGUGACAUUAUUGAAACCUUUUACAGUUUGACAGAUGAGUUGAUAUUAUUCCAUAAGCUGCAUUCAAUGUUCACUAAAACGAACACGUUACAUACAAAUACCAAUAGACUGAUAAGGUGCAUAAAAAAACAGCACUAUGUCCUAUGGGAAAUUUUAAAUAUUCUUGCUAUGAAUAAGAGUAUUCAACAAUGGCAACAACUAAUCAGAGAUGAAAUUUAUUUGAGCAUGUUCAAUACCAGCGAUAAUUCCAUAAAGGACCACAAUUUAAAGUAUGAACUACUUGCUAAUAACAAAAAUAUCUUGAAAUUACAGAAAAAUAAUAUUACAUUGGAUUUUUAUAAGAUAAUACUGAACCUAAUGUCUAAUCUAAUUAAUAUCAAAGGAAAAAGGGAACAAUUUAAAGCAGGGCUGGCUUACGAGAUCAUUACAGCUGGUUCCGGGGUUGCCGAGCUGGUGAGGCUUUGGAACCAAGCUAAAGUGACUCUGAUGAAACAAUACACAGGCGCUGCUUGA